AUGCUUAAGAGUCGCCAUCGUAUUGCCCUAUUUAUUUGCUUCUUGAUUUUUAUUCAAGCAGCCCAUUAUUUUUUUAGUCUACCAGGAACAAUUAUCCCAGUAAAAAUAAUAAAUUCUCGAAGGACAUCAUUGAAUGAACGAACGACAGAUAUUGAAAAACUUUUCACAUAUGUCGUCAAGAACCCGACAAUUAUCAAUAAUGCAUCCACCUCAAACGAAUCAAUACGAGGAGUAAAUGUAUUUGCUGAAGGUACAUUUGCAAUUUCAAUUAAUUUUACAAAACCUGAUCCAGUUGAAUAUCGUUCUUUACCGAUUUGCAAUUUUUCUACAUCAAAUAAUGAUUCGUCUGUGUAUAAAGUGGCCAUUAACAAAACUAUUUAUUCAUUGGAUGUUAUCGAACAACAUCAUGGUACUGAUUUACAUCUAGGUGGACAUUAUUUUCCGAAAACUUGUCAAGCUCAACAACGUUUAGCCAUUAUUGUAUGCUAUAGAAAUCGUCUUUUGCAUUUAAAACUCUUUCUUCAUAAUAUACAUCCAUUUCUUCAACAACAAAAACUUGAUUAUACCAUAUUUAUUGUUAAUCAGCAUGGAAAUGAAAAAUUCAAUCGAGCCGCUUUAUUCAAUGUAGGCUAUAUUGAAGCGAUGAAGUUAUAUUCGUUUGAUUGUUUUAUUUUUCAUGAUGUCGAUCUUGUACCAGAAGAUUUAAGAAAUCUUUAUAGAUGUGGAGAACGACCAAAACAUAUGUCUGUUGCCGUUGACAAAUUCAGUUAUCGAUUACUCUAUUCGACUUUAUUCGGUGGUGUUACAGCGUUUAGUAUAUCUGAUUUUGUUAGUGCUAAUGGUUAUCCAACAGUUUAUUGGGGUUGGGGCGGCGAAGACGACGAUAUGUAUCAACGUGUUGUUAGAAAAUUAAAAAAGAAAAUCGUACGUUAUCCGAUGGAAAUAGCACGUUAUAAAAUGAUACGUUCAUUUAAUCAUACAUCAAGUGUGGUGAAUCCCGAUCGACAUGCAAUACUUUAUUCAAGAUAUAACUAUGAUCGUGAUGGAAUAAAUUCAACGACGUACAAAUUACAUGAUGUGACUUUUUAUAAAUUAUUUACGUUCGUUAAUGUCACAUUAACAGAAGAAUCGUUUGAACAAAUACGUCUGCGAUUAAAUAUUACAAGACGAGAACCAAAAAGGUCAAAGUCGCAGAAAAAGAAAGCAUAA